AUGGCGCAGCGAGGAAUUCAGAUGGACCAGGAAAAACUCUGCUGUUCGAUCUGUCUGGAUCUACUGAAGGAUCCAGUGACUAUUCCCUGUGGGCACAACUACUGUAUGAGCUGUAUUAAAAGCCACUGGGAUAAAGAGGAUCAGAAGGAAAUCCACAGCUGUCCUCAGUGUAGACAGACCUUUGGAUCGAGGCCUGCCCUGGGGAGAAACACCAUGUUGGCAGAUUUAGUGGAGGAACUGAAGAGGACAGGACUCCAAACUGCUCCGGCUGAUCACUGCUAUGCCGGACCUGAAGAUGUGGCCUGUGAUUUCUGCACUGGGAGAAAGCUGAAAGCUCUCAAGUCCUGUCUGCAGUGUCUGGUCUCUUACUGUGAGCAGCACCUCCAGCCUCACUACGAAUCCCCUGCUUUUAAAAAACACAAGCUGGUCGACCCCUCCAAGAAGCUUCCGGAGAACGUCUGUACUCGUCACAACGAGGUGAUGAAGAUGUUCUGCCACACUCAUCAGCAGUGUAUCUGUUAUCUGUGCUCUGAGACAGAGCUCGGGGUUAGUCGGCAAAAGAUCCAGCAGAGAAUCCAGACCCGAGAGAAAGAAGUGAAGCUGCUUCGGCAGGAGGAGGAGGCUAUCGACCACUCCGCUGAUGAAGCUGUGGAGGACAGCGAGAAGAUCUUCACAGAUCUCGUCUGUCUCAUUGAGAAAAGAAGCGCAGAUGUGAAGCAGCAGAUCAGACGUCGUCAGAAAAAUAAAGUGAGUCGAGUCAAAGAGCUUCAGGACAAGCUGCAGCAGGAAAUAGCUGUUCUGAGGCAAGAAGAUACUGAGCUGGAACAACUCUCACACACAGAGGAACACACCCAGUUGCUACACAACUACCUGUCGAAUCUCACUGACUCUAAAGAGUCCCCCAGCAUCAAUAUCCGUCCUGUACGAUACUUUAAAGAUGUGACUGCAGCUGUGUCAGAGGUCAGAGAUAAGCUACGGGACAUUCUGAGUAAUGUUUGGAUCAAGAUCUCACUGACAGAGACGGAAGUGGAUGUUUUACUGCCACAGGCAGAGCCUAAAACCAGAGAUGAAUUCUUACAGUAUUUCCAUCAAAUCACGCUGGAUCCAAACACAGCACACAAAGGGCUGUUAUUGUCUGAAGGGAACAGAAAAGCAACAGUGAGACAAUCCGUAAUGCUGUCACUGCAGGCACAACCUAGUCCCAAUGGUUCACACAGUGACGUCGACAGGCUUGAGGUCAUGAGCAGAGAGAGUUUGACUGGACAGUGUUACUGGGAGGUGCAGUGGAGAGGGUUAGUUUCAGUAGCAGUAGCAUACACGCACAUGAAGAGAACGGGUUAUGAAAGUGGAUUUGGGAACAAUGACAAGUCUUGGGCACUGGAUUGCUUGAAUAAUGGUUAUGAAUUCAGACAUAACAAAUUGAGAACUUCCGUCUCUGGUCCUCGGUCCUCCCGAGUGGGAGUGUACCUGGAUCACAGUGCAGGGGUUUUGUGUUUCUACAGCAUCUCUGAAACCAUGACCCUCCUCCACAGAGUCCAGACCACAUUCACUCAGCCUCUGUAUGCUGGACUGUGGGUUAAUGGUAGUUAUUGCUCUGUUGAGUUGUGUGAGCUCAAGUAG